AUUUGGUUGGCUUCAUUUCAUUUCGCAAUUUCAAUGGCGUCUUCUUCUCUCCUACUCUCGCCUCUCUCAUCCACUACUUCCUUAGACAACCGUGAGCAGGCCGCGACCUCUGCUUUUCUGCACAAUCCCAAGCUACUAUUCGCAGCUAAGACCCGUAAAACCGCGAUUCGGAGAUGCGGAUUCAAGUCUCCGGAAGCUCGCAAAUCUCUCGACCAUAUACCCAAACAGUUUCGCCAGGAAAAUCUCAAAGAUGGCUUGAUGGAAAAUUACAAGAAUGCGCCUCAGUAUCUAUAUGGCCUUUCACCAUCGCAGAUGGAUAUGUUCAUGACAGAAGAUAACCCUGUCCGUCGACAGUCAGAAAAAGUCACAGAGGAAAGCAUUUCAUCAGCCUGCAAUUACUUGAAUAAUGGUGGAAUGUGGAGCACAACUGGCAUGAAUGAAAGAGGACCCUCUAAGUAUAGCAUGAGUGUAAGCAUGUACCGCGGAGGGGCCAGAGGAGCUGGAAGGCCUAGAACAGCUCCUCCUGAUUUGCCAUCUUUGCUAUUGGAUGCCCGGAUCGUCUAUCUGGGGAUGCCGAUAGUACCAGCUGUUACCGAGCUUCUUGUUGCUCAAUUUAUGUGGUUGGAUUAUGACAGCUCAACAAAGCCAAUAUAUCUAUAUAUCAACUCUUCUGGCACCCAGAAUGAGAAGAUGGAGACUGUUGGAUCUGAAACUGAGGCCUAUGCAAUUGCUGACACUAUGGCUUAUUGCAAAGCAGAUGUCUACACUGUGAAUUGUGGAAUGGCAUACGGACAAGCAGCAAUGCUUCUUUCUCUUGGAGCAGAAGGCUAUCGCGGAUUACAGCCAAACUCAUCCACAAAACUGUACCUUCCAAAAGUAAAUAGAUCGAGUGGAGCUGUCAUUGACAUGUGGAUUAAGGCAAAAGAACUAGAGGCAAACACGGAAUAUUACCUCGAACUCUUAGCCAAAGGAAUAGGAAAACCAAAGGAGGAGAUUGAGAAAGACAUCCAACGCCCAAAAUAUUUCCAAGCACAAGAGGCCAUUGACUAUGGCAUUGCUGACAAGAUCAUUACUUCUCAGGAUUCCGCCUUUGAGAAACGGAACUAUGAAGAAUUGUUGGCACAAUCGAAAGCAAUGAGAAGAGCUGGAGCUGGUCCUCAAGCAGCUCCAUCAGGGUUUAGAUAAACUUGUGAGAUUUUUGUGGCAAGGUUGGCAUGCCCUUGCUAUUCUGAAUCAAUGUCUCAUGAUGUGCUGCUAGCCAUUUAUAUAUUGCGUGGUACUUCAGGAAAAGCAUACACUAUGCACAAGUGAGGUGCUUCAAUGCUCAUCCACUUCAUGGCUAUGCACAAGACAAGUGUAGUGUGAUUUAAUGCUCAUCCUUUUCAACUGUUGUAUACUGGGACGAAGAAAAAAAAUACAGAAACUUGAAGUAUAGAAAGAAAUGUUUUGGUCUGACUCUGAA